GUUAUCUGAAGUGUAUUACUUCAUCAGACUUGUAUUUUUCGACAUUACGUGAUCUACGGAGUUUUAGCAGAAAUGGGGUUCGCAUGUCAUCUGCUAACAACAGAUGGAACCUGAACUUUGUAGCAGGAGGAAAGUACGCUGAGUUCUCUAUUUAAAUCUAUUGUCUUAGAAGUAAUUUUGAUGUACUGCUCCUAUGUUCGGGUGUGUCAAAUGGUUAACUCGGGAGAUAUUAAUUACAGAAGCCACUCUGUGAUAUGAAUAAAUAGCAGUUGAGAACCAAUUAGAGCGGCAUUCUGUUACUAUGUCGUUUUGAAACUACUAUAAUGGAACAAUCACCUCAAAACAGAAGAAAAUCCAUACUUUGUGUAUUUAGAAUCAUGGCAUUUUGAUCACGCUGUUAAUAACUUUGUAAUCAAGCAUGCAGAGGUUGAAUUGCUUUUGGAAAGUGAAUCGAUAUUCUUUUGAAGCUUACUUUUGGGCAAUCGAUGCCUUUUCAUUUCUUUUAUUUUCCCUGGUCUUGCGAAUUUUCUUCUCUUGUCCCCCUUUUAUCUUCAGUCAUCCUCACCCAUCGGUUCCGGUAGACGACAUGAUAUACGAGUUUAUUGCUAGCAGCAAAAUUUAAUCAACUGCUGACAAUUGUAUUUACGUUUGGAAUAAGAAGGGCGAGUGUUAAUCACUAGAUUUGCUGAACUCAUGUCAAUCUCAAUAAGGCUAUAGUAUUGUUUGGUUACAUUACUACCUCAUUAUGCGCAGGGUUGGAUGUCUAUUGCAAAGGAAGAUGUUCUGUUGGUUUGGUCAUCUUUUGCUUGUCUCGUCACAGGAAGAGUGACUGGGUCUGAAUUGAAGAAACUAGGGAUUCUCAGGUAACAAAAACCGAAGAUGGUGACAAUCAGUGGGUUAAGUGGAAUCCAUCUAGGUGUGGUUCAUCCCAUCUGUAAUAAAUUUCCUCUUCGGAGUAAGAGCUAUAAGCAAAAGAGAAGUAAUGAAUGCAAAGCCAUUGGGCUUGCCUGUGAUUUCAAGAACAAAUGCUGGUUAUUUGGAUACCGGGCAUUUCAGGAACAAUCAUGUGGUGUCUGCAGCAAGAAAUAACCAUGCGUUAAGCUAUGAUGAUGACCUAAAUCCUGAAACCUUUUGGUCUAGUCUGAUCAAAGAAGUAGUGUGGUCUUUAAAGUCAUUAUUCACAUUUUUGUGCGAGCAACCUAGCCAGCUGAAGUACAUAGAAUGGCCGAGCUUUCAGAGCACGCUGAGAACAGCAACUCUCACGCUGAUUCUUGUGGCAUUGCUCAUCGUCGCGCUAUCAUCAGUGGAUUCGGCCCUUUACUGCAUGUUGAACUGGUUUCUCAGGCGAUCUUCAUGACCAACAAGCUCAUUUAUUCCUACUUCUAGUCUAUUCUUUGGAAUGUCUAGGGAAAUGGAAAAGACUUGUAUACAACUUAAGAAAUCAUGAGUUGAUGAGUAAGGCAUUUUAUUUCAAUUUUUCUUUCGCUUUCAUUUACCAUUAAAAUGGGCUUUAUGACUUCCAUUUGAAACGCCGGAAACUAUAUUCACCUGGUCGGUCAUUCUUGGAUUAUGGCUGACGCAAUGUCCAUCUUCCCUCUUUUCUGUUAGGGGUGGGAUGCGAAUCUCUCGAGCGACUGAAGCAUAAAUUAUGUUUAUCGAUCGAAAUUGAAGUGCAUUAUCGAUGCUAAGCCAGACAACGGAACCUUGGAAGCAUGAGAGGAUGGUUCUAAAAUUCAAUAUCAUCAUCAAGACUGACUUAUGGAUGAGAUGAUGACCCAGUCAUUUCUGGUCAGUCAAGCACGUGUGGAUCACUUUCGAGUUUUCCCUCCGUUUACUUCCCUCUGUCAAUUUGGUGUCCAUUUCCCACACCUAACUCAAAGUGGUUAGAAGGGCUCUUGUCUAGAGAGGCAGUAACUGCUGCCAUUUAGGUCCAGCUUAUGACCAAUUGGCCAGUGGGAAAAUUCAAGCAAAGUGGAGCCAACUUCCCCCCAAUAAUCAAAUGCAUUUCUUCUUCUUCUUUCAACCUGAUAAAAUUGACAACUCUCUGUGAAGACAGCUUAUCAGAACCCCAGAGACCAAGAACAAGAAGAAGAACAAUAAGAGGAUUGACCAAAAGGAAGUGCCACAGUGGUUGUGCUUCUUUUAGAAUUUUAUUUCUUGGGACAAGGACAAAACCCUAAUUCUCUCUCUCUCUCUUCUAUCUCACAAGUAAAUAUGAGAUCUUGCACACGGUGGCCCAUUAUCUUUGCUUCUCUGCAAGAGGCUAUUUUCAUGGGUCCCGGCUUGGUGUGUGUGCCUCCUUUUCCCACUCUUUUGCCCUCCCAACACAAACAGUUCAACACCAACACACCGAAAGCACACGCGAUUUUCCGAAAAACCCAAAAACAUUUCUUUCUUCUGCAAACCAAAAAAAAAAAAAGAAACCCAAAAUUUUUUAUAAUAAUUGCAGAGAAAGAAAAGGACAAGCGUGGAGAAAAAGAGCAAGGCAAAACCCACUCCCCCCUCGCCCCUCUUAAAAAUCAACCCCCCAUCUCCUCCUUUUUGCCUCCGCUGCAACACCACAGAGAGAGAGAGAGAGAGAGAGAGAGAGAGAGAGAUUGGCUUGGCUUGGCUUGGCUUAAAGGCUUUUUCUUUGUGCACGAUGAGCUGAGUAGGACUCCAAAAGAUCACUUCUUCUCCCCCCCAAAGAAGAAGAUGGCAAUAGCACAGCGACAAGGUCACGACCCAUCGUCACCGCAAGAGCAAGAAGACCAUCCUUCCUUCUUGUUCGAUGAUGCUCUCUACUGUGAAGAGGACAGAUUCGACGAAGAA